UUUUGCUUUUGCUAUUCUAAUUGCAUUGAUCACGAGAAAACCUGCUGAUGACGAGAUCAUCAAUCUCGAUUUAGACUGCGUUAAGAAGAUGGCGAAAAAGCAUCAGUUGUGCCACGGUGAUGAGUUUACAGAAUUGAAAGUCGCGGUCAUGGCAAAAGAUGGACCACCAACUGAACGUGUGAUGAAAAAACAAAGAAAACUACUGUUGAAAGAGAAAAUGGCGAAACGUGCGUUUGUGAACUUGAUACUUCAUAUGGGUUUUGCAACUGUUUUGUUUUGUAUUAGUUAUUUAAACAAAGACCAAAGAGGAUACUUAUAUAAAGCACAUAUUGAAAGCCAGUUGUAUAAAUCCAGCAAAUAUCAGUACGGGUUCUCGAUGGUCACGUCACCUGAAGCAUUCUUGGAAUGGACUAGAAAGACGUUAAUACCUUUGUACUUUCCUACAGCAUCAUACAACGGGGGAGGCAUUAGUAGUGUCGACAAGUUCUUUGUAGGUGAUAUGGCUAACCUUCGACUAGGUCUAGUUCGGCUACGACAGGUCAAAGUGAAAAAAGCACAGUGUUACGCAUCAAAGUUUGUCCCUGGUCAUUUUUGUGCUAAGAAAUAUGACCACGAAUCAGAGGAAACUAGUGAUUUAUGUAAGGAAUGUUCGACUCCAUGGACAACAGAUGCGUGGAAAUAUACAAAUGCUAAAGAAGUUUGGGGCAUUCCUAUUGUAGGCAUUUAUAAUACAUAUAGUGGUGGCGGAUACAUCCAUAGCCUCAGCAAUAACAAGAAAAACACGGAAAACAUGAUCGAAGAACUAUUUAAACUUCGAUGGAUUGAUCGAUAUACAAGAGCAGUAUUUGUGGAGUUUGCUCUUUAUAACGCAAACAUCAACAUUAUCUGUUACUCGACAUUUUUGGCUGAAUUUCCUGAGAUAGGAGGGGCAUUUAAUUGGGCUGACUCACAAUGUUUCAGACCAACAUUAAUAACAAGUGCGACUGGGUUUGUGAAUCUAUUUCUCAGUGUCAUCUUUCUCGUUAUGGUGAUAGGAAAAAUUAUCUUUUUGAUUAAAGGAAUAAAAAAGGAAAAAUUAAGAUUUUGUGUGAAUUUUUGGAACAUUUUGGAUAUUCUUAUAGCGCUAUUAAGUUUGAUAGAGUUAGGAAUUUGGAUAGCAAAAUUCAUUUUUACUAAGAAAGCACUUGCUUUAUAUGCAGAUAACAAAAAAGUGUUCAUAAAUUUCCAACACAUAGUAGUCUGGGAAUACAUAUUUAAUGCAGUUCUUGGAUUGUUGGUCUUUAUUUCUACUUUAAGAAUUUCAAGUGCAUUAUCAUACAAUAGAAAGAUCAUGGAAAUCGCUUACGUUUUAAAAUACGGUUUGACUGAUGUAUUAAGUUUUAGUUUUCCAUUCAUGACAGUAUUUUCUGCCUUUGUCAUAUUUGGUUAUCUGCUCUUUGGAGUUUCUGUAUAUGAGUAUCGAAAUUUGUUUGUGAGCUUUGGAAGUCUUACCAAUACAUUAAUUGGAAAGAAUGCAUUCAACGAAAUUAAACAAACAGUUCCUGUUCUUGGAGAGCUGUUUUUCUUUGUUUAUGUUUUCUUUGUACUUUUUACUUUGUUGACAAUUUUUGCUGCUAUUUUGAACAACACCAUAACAGCUGUCAAAAACUCAAACAGCAUAAUUUCAGAACAAAUUGGAAUCGUGCACAUAAUUAAAAGUACUGGAAAGGAUCUACUUGGAUUAGUUGGAAUUCAUUUGAAAAGGACGGAAAAGGAGAUGAAAAAAGAUGUUGGGAAUUCAGUAAAGAAAAGCUGUGGUCCAGUAAGCUCUGCAAAAGUUAUAAAUCUAAUCCGAGGAACACUUGUUGAAGGUUGUGGACAAAGUAAUUUCGGCAAAUGUCGAGAAACCAAAAGUAGCAGUUGUAUGUCAGAUGAAAAUUUAAUCAUUAAAAGAUUUGAUUCAAGGAGUUAUGAUAGAUGUUGGGAUACAUGUACUCCAAAACAAAUACGAGUGCGUUUUCAAGAGGAAAUGAAAGAAUUAGAAAAAGGGAAAGAGUCGCUAUUUUUAAAUUACUUAUAAAGAGAAACUGUUUGCACACAUAUACUUCCAUAUUAAUUGUUAAUUUUUAUUUACUUUAAAAAGAAAUUUAUAUAUGUGUCUUAACGAAAAAGUGCAAAACAUUCUUCAUUUCAUAUAAUGUUGUAUUUUGUUACCUUGUUGAACAAACCCUGGGGGUUGCUUCUAUGGCUUUUUGAAAUAGCUGUACCCGAUAUACUACCAAAACAAAACCUGAUGAUUGCGCUGUAUUUUAAUAUCCUAAUGAUGACAAAGUAGAGUGAAUUGAUUUUUAGAUCCAAUUGUAUACCAGUUUUAGAUUUCUAGAAACAUUAAUAGAAGUAUCAUGUGCUUUGCAGUGCUUAAGACGUUUUUUUUUUAAUCAUGUCCAUUUCGAAAUGUUAACAAGUUAAAAGCAUUGGUUUGCUGUGCAGUGUUUUGUUGUUUGUUUUUAGUGUUUUUGUCGUUGUUCGUUUUAGCUAUGGUGUUUGAUUUCCCCUUGUCAUUUUGUCUUUUUUAUCUAGAUUUAUUAUUCUACCCAUAUUAGAGAAAGAACAUAUUUGCGAAAUUACAAUAUACAUUAUACAUUAAAAUUGAUAUAGGAGUAUGCAACAUACACAUGUACAUAAGUGGUGACGUAAGGAUUAUGAUUAUACAUUGCACAUAUGACAAAUCUCAGUUUUCUUUCUUUAACUGCGAAAUCAGGUAAUAAUGUUUGAAAAAUUAAUAUUGGUUGAACGGGGGUUUUACAUCCCGGAUAUUAUAUUUCAUGAAUUCUCUAAUAAUUUUAAUGAGAUAUUUAGAUUAAUAUGAUUUAAUAAUAAUUUAUAGUUUCAGUGUUUUCAGAAUACUUGAAUUGAUUAAAAUUGUCAUAAUUCCUUCAGUUUGAUAAAGGUACAAGUACUUGUGUUUUUGUGUUCUGUAUUGCCAAUAAAGUUAAUUAAAAUGCUGUUUUUCUGGAUUGAUGAAUAUAUUGUGCGGGUGUACAAAUAUUAGUUGUUUUCACUGAUUAAUAUAAGCUGAUGGGCGUAUGACAUUUGCGCCAAUUUUGAAAAUAUUUUUUUUUUCAUUUGCGCCAAAACAAAGUUUUCAUUUGCGCCAAUAAUUAAUUUUUCAUUUGCGCCAAUUUAAUUUGAACAGUUAAGAUCUGAUACAUUUUAGACUAUAAAAGAACAAACAACGGCCCUGAAUCGUUUCACUCGCACUACCAUGAACAGUUUUACUCACACCACCCGAAUAUUUAGAUUUUUAUGAAUGUCAUAAAGGAAAUCCAGGCAACAGCUUAUGUAAAAUUCAGAUCUCUCGCCAUGUCAGCAGCCGUAAGAAAACAUAAAAAGGAAAAAGAGAACUUUGUAGUGAAAAGUAUCGGAUGUAUUGUAGAAAAGAUAUCACAAGGUCGCAGUUCAUCAGAGAUGUUGCAUACAAAUACUCAGACUUGUUAAUAUGCAAAUGUGCUUUUGACGUCAAACUGUUACUAUUUUAUUUGGAAAAAGUGCUAUUUCACGUGUAAUAUAGUUUGAGAAACUUUUACAAUAAACUUAUUCUGCCAGAAAUCCCACUUCCACUUCCGUGGUGAGCAGUGGACAGACCGAAGGGGUACUGAUUUUUGUAAUUACAUAAAAUCUGGAAAACUUAUAUGUCUCAUGACUUGUGUUUACCUGGAAAUUGGCGCAAAUGGAAAAAUUAAUUGGCGCAAAUGAAGUGCAGAUUGGCGCAAAUGCAAAACGCCGAAGCUGAUAUAAGAACGUUGGAUCCUAUCAACCUUUCAGUUAUUCCAUGAGUGAUUUUAGUAAUUCUCUUUCUUAGUGAUUUUUUUAAAAUUCAGAACUUGAUGUUUAUGCAAACAUUUCCGUCAAUUCUUUUUAAAUUUAAAAAAAAAAUUUGGAACAGACUAGUUUUAUAAUGACUUUAAUCAUGUUGUAUAGUUGUAUAGUUCAUAUAUGUCUUUGCUAGAUUUUUUGUUGUCAAGAUACAUGAUAUAUAUAUGUUGUGU